AUGAUGGCCCCUGCGAUAACAAUAGCGCUCGUUGACAGAGCGGGGCGUGACGGAUUAACACUCGGGGCGAUUCGCUCUUCCUCAUUAACCAGCCAAUCUUCCCGCGAUCAUGUCGCCUCAGGCAGUUUUAGUGUAUAUCGCACGAGGGGAUAUAUGCACCACUCGGAUGCAGUCUGCCUGGAGCUGUUUUCCAAGGCCCUCGUGGGUAAAGAAAAACACCCCGGCAAACUCUCUGCGUCGUUGGAACAGAGCAUUCACCUAGAAUGGGAGGAUGUUUUUGAUUUUGUUGACCCUUUUGGCGACCGCCGAGGUUGUGUAUUCCGGACCGUCUGGACAUUCGACCUUGACGACGACCUUCUCUUUCUCAAAAACAAAGAUCAAACCUGCUUCGUCUCUCUAGAACUUGCCCGGGGACGAGUGCUCACUCUAACUGAUUUUGAGCCGCUUAACUCACCUGGACAACUAUCACUGGAGGUGCAGAACCUCCCAGAGCCUUUCUGGGAGCCUAAACUCAAUCCCAACCCGCGCAUAAAGUCAUUCGUGGGCAGGCUCCUCCGUGACCUUGCUUACACAUGGCGCCAUGUUCUCCGGAGGCCCAUGAAGACUGUCACAUUUAUGAAACUGGCAUAUGCUAGCGUCUGGUUAUCAACGUUGGAUUUCACCAUAUUCGAACGAACGGGGUUUGAGCAUGUCUAUACUCGUGGACCAUAUGUUGAUGUUGUUGACCUCCCAGCCUGGGAAGCCCCAGAAGAGACUCUCGUCCGAGCAGGAUCAUGUUGGUUUGCUCUUACGCAAGAUACUCGGGAGGGCCUAGAAAUGGUGCAACGUCAUUUGACAAGUCGCUCGGAAAAUUCCACGACAAAUAUGAGAACAUACGUCAUUCUGACCCUUCGGCAUAUUACUCUUUGUAGGGCGCGAGGGAGUGAACUCGUGUGGACGCGUUCUGAGACUUUCUUUGCUGACGAUUCAGCAUGCGAUACUGCCAUCGACAUGAUUCUCUGGGCGGCCAAUACUGUGGGCACUGAGGCAGAGCAAACCGCCAUUAACUCUUUCCCCGUUGAGAUUCAAGACAUGAUUCUUCUUCAUGCAACAACUAGUUUCAUUGCAUCGGCCAAAUUGGGCUGUGUACUCGGCGCAGGAUCACCCUUCCUUUGGGUUGAUAAUGGUUUGGAGUUUGAGCUCCAAAGCAACAAGAGACACCGAACGGAAUGCUCCCCCAUAGAAUCCCAGGUUUGUUUUGGUGGAGUGAUGAGCGGUUUAUCCUAUAAGCAGCAAAGCAGCAACCGGGGAGGUUUCAUCCGUCUGCCUCCGCCUCCUGACCUCCUGCGGGCGAACCCGAGCCGCGACGCCAGGUGA